AUGGUUGAGGAAAUGCGUAUCCACUUUGGUUACAAUUGCCCAAAAAAAAAACAAAUCAUUUUUUAUGUCUUAACAUUCAUUAUUUUUUUUGUAAUACCGAAUUAUUCUUACAUAUUAAAGAAGAAUACGCUAUUUUUGACACCAAAUUUAUAUAGAACAACUUAUAAGAAUUUCAAGAAAAAUGGCAACAAAUUGGAUUCGAAUCAAAAACUCUUUGUUGGAAAAUGCCCUUGUAAUGAACAUGAAAAAAAAUAUGAUGUUAUAGUUAUAGGUGGGGGACAUAGCGGGUGUGAAGCUAGCUAUAUAAGUGCAAAGUUAGGAGCUAAAACUUUAUUAAUAACUCAAUGUAAAGAGAGUAUAGGAGAAAUGUCGUGCAACCCAUCUAUUGGAGGAAUAGGGAAAGGAAUACUUGUAAAAGAAAUAGACGCAUUAGGAGGGUUAAUGGGAAAAGUAAUAGAUAAAAGUGGAAUUCAUUUUAAAAUAUUAAAUUUAAAAAAAGGAUUAGCUGUGAGAGGACAUAGAGCACAAGCAGAUAGAGAUUUGUAUAAUCAUUAUAUGAAAGAAUAUAUGUUUAAUAUGCCUAACUUAUAUAUUCUUGAAAAUACUGUUCAUUCAUUAUUAAUUGAAAAUUCAACGACACGAAACGAUAGCGCAAAUAUGGAUGAAAAUAUAGAGGAGAAAAAAAAAUACAAAUAUGUAUACGGAAUUAAAAAUAAAUGUUCGUGUGAAUUUUACGCUGAUAAUGUUAUUUUAACUACUGGUACAUUUUUAGGAGGGAUAUGCCAUAUAGGAAAAGAUAAAUAUAAGGGUGGUCGAAUUAAAAGGAUCUUAGGAAAAGGGAAAGAUAAUCAAUUGAAAAGUGAAAACUCUAUUGAGCUAAAUAAAAUAAAGGAAGAAAUCGAAAAAAAUAAGAUUCAAAAAAUAAAUGACAUACAUAAUUGUAUUGGAAAUAAUAAUGAUAAUAAAAAUGAGGUGGAAGAAAAUUCUAUCUUUGAUAACCUGAUUGAAGAAUCUACGAAAAAUCUUGCAACACAACUUAAAGAAAAUAAUUUUGAAAUAAAAAGAAUGAAAACAGGUACACCUCCAAGAUUAUGCAAAGACAGCAUAAAUUUUGACAUUUUAGAAAAAGAAGGAACAGAAAAAAAACAUCCUUUUUACUUUUCCUUUUUAAAUAGUAAUAAAAUAAAUAAUAAUAAAACAUUACCAUGCUAUAAAACUUAUACAAAUAUAAAAACUCAUGAACUAGUCAUAAAAUAUUUAAAUGAAUUGCCCGAUUUUGAUUGUUAUGAUAAACUUGGUAAUGGACCACGAUAUUGCCCAUCGAUAGCUAAAAAAGUUACAAAAUUUUCAGAAAAAAAAAAACACAUAAUAUGGUUAGAACCAGAAGGUUUUGACAAUAUAUUAAUUUAUCCAAAUGGUUUAAGUUCAGCAUAUCCAUUAAAUAGACAACAAGAAAUUAUAAAUUCAAUAAAAGGUUUGGAAAAUGCAAAAAUACUUUUUCCUGCUUAUGAUGUUGAAUAUUUUUAUGUUAAUCCAAAAUGUUUAAAUUAUACAUUAGAAACAAAAAUAAUUAAUGGAUUAUUUUUAUCUGGUCAAAUAUGUGGAACAACUGGAUAUGAAGAAGCAGCUUGUCAAGGUAUAGUUGCAGGAAUUAAUGCAGCAUUAAAUUCACUAAAAAAAAAAAAUAAAUCAUCCAUAAAUAAUUUUGUAUUAACAAGAAAUGAUAGUUAUAUAGGAGUUUUAAUACAUGAUCUUAUAAAUAAAGGAAUUACAGAACCAUAUAGAAUGUUUACCUCUCGAGCUGAGUAUAGAUUAUAUUUACGACCUGAUAAUGCUGAUAUUAGAUUAACACCAAAGGCAGAAAAAUUAGGUAUAGCUUCAAAGGAAAGACUAUAUAUAUUAAAUCAUAAAUAUUACUCAGUUAAUAAAAUUAUAUCCGUUUUUAAGAAAUUAACUUUAAAUAAUUUGGAAAAUCAAAAGCUUAUAGAAGAAGGAAUAAAAAAAAAGGAUCCAACUAAAGACAUUGAAAAUAAAUCUAUCACAAAUAAUGAUGAUAGUGGGAAUAAUGUAAAUGAUCUGUCUCAUACUUUCGAUGGAAGCCUACCAAUUAUCAACACACCCAACUAUAAUAUUAAUCAUAAGGAAAAAUUAUGUUUGAAUAGCAAUGAAGAUAAAAAAAAAAAUGGUAUAAAUACUGUUUAUAACAUAUUAAAAAGUGGGGUAGAAUGCUCGUUAAAUGUUUUGCAAAAUAAAUUGAAAGAAGUAAACAACGACGACAUACUAAAAAGUGUAAAACUGAAUAAACAAAAUAAUUUAGACAUAUAUAGAGAUAAUUAUGAUAUAUUAUACAAUUUAAAUUUUAAUGAAAUUUUAAUAAACAAUUCAAUAUUAGAAACAGCUUGUGCUGAAGUUAAAUAUUCCUCUUAUUUAAAGAAGCAGAUAACCGAGAUGAACAAAAUCAAGAGCAAUUUUAAUUUAGCCAUUCCUAAUACCAUACAAUAUGAUAGGAAUAAUUUCCCUUAUUUGUCUAACGAAGAAAUUGAAAAACUCAACAAAUAUAGACCCUCCAAUUUGGAUGAAGCCAAUAAAAUCGAAGGUGUAACGAUGAGUGGCAUAUAUUAUUUGUACCAUUACAUAAUAAAAGAAAAAAAAAAAAAAAAUCAUGAAAAACAAAGCAACACAUAG